AUGACGCGUGUGUUGCUGUCCGAAGUCCUGCUAAAGGGCUGGCCAGAUGCGAAGCACACCGCCGCGCUGGAAGCCAAUCAAACGCAACUGGAACUCGACCAGUUCGGGUGCGUCGGUACCUGGUGCUGCGACAAGAUCAAAUGCGAGGGGACCAAGUCCACGGCCGCCAACUAUGAACCGGUCUUCUACAAGAACUGUGAGAAGAAGCCUGGCAAGUGGACCGUGGACGGAACUGUGGUGACUCCAGGCAUGGUCCAAGGCAGCGUCUCAUUCAAGCUCGAUUCGCGGGCACCAUACAUGUGCGAGGAGGAAUGCAGUGUCUACAAAGACACCGGUGCCAUCCGCCCUCCUCAAAUCUACAAGAAAACCUCCGUCUACCGAGGGGGCGGCGCAGGCCACGGCGAGAAUGGAAAGGCAGAAUGCGUGUUUGGCACGAUGUGGCUCAAAUUGGCGCCAGAUGCGAAACCCAAGAUGGUCUAA